UCAGUUCAACAAUAUCUCGAGUAUCCUUUUUAUUAAAAAAAGAAAAUAAUACUUUUAGCAUCCAUUACCUUACCUAUUCACCUUCCUUCCAUUCCAUGGAUUCCACCCUAAUAAAAUCAACCUUCCCAAUUUUCACCACCAACCCAUUCUUGCUUUCAAAAACAUCUCUAACACCCUUAAAAGUUUCCAUCAAACCCCCACCUCAAGACUUCAAUUACAAGCUAGAGAUUUCGGAAGAAUCCAGAGCUGCCAUAGCUGAAUCUUACCCCGAGCUGCUUGAUUUGGCUGACAAUGGGAGCUUGGUUUUGGUUCAGAAGAAGAGGUUUGGUCCUGUUCCUUCUUGGAGAACUGAAUUUGUUGAGCCUGAUUCUAUUUGGUUGGUUGGAACUACCCAUGUUUCUAAACAAUCGUCUAUGGAGGUUGAGCGUGUUGUUAAGGCUGUGAAGCCAGAUAAUGUUGUUGUUGAGCUCUGCAGAAGCAGAGCUGGGAUCAUGUAUGCUGAUGAUGGUGAGCUUGACAAACAAUUACGUUCUACUAUGUUUUCCUUAAGCGGGAAUGGUUUUUUUGGAGCUAUUGGUCGUAGCAUAAACCUGGGUGGUCAAACUGCUUUAGCAUUACGAUUGCUUCUGGCCGGUUUUUCAUCAAAGAUCUCUUCAGAUAUUAAUCGUCCUUUUGGCGACGAGUUCCGCGCUGCUCGAAAAAUGUCAGAGGAAGUUGGUGCACAAAUAGUUUUGGGAGAUAGGCCAAUUGAAAUAACACUUCAGAGAGCAUGGAAGGCUUUGAAAUGGACUGAGAAGUUGAGUUUAUUGAUCAUAGUUAUCCGUGGGAUUACAUCUUCAUCAGACAUUUCUACAAAUAAGCUUGAGCUGCAGAAAGCAAGUUCAGAUGAUGGUACACUUCAGCUUUAUGAGCAACUCAGUUUUUCAUAUCCAUCCCUAUUGGCACCUCUUAUACAUGAACGCGAUACUUAUCUUGCAUGGUCUCUGAAGAGGAGCAAGGCUGUGAAUAACUGUAAAAGGGUGGUAGGUGUAAUUGGAAAAGGCCACAUGAAUGGUGUAAUAUAUUCUCUGUUAUCUGAUACAGGGGAUUUGAGGUUUCGAGACCUUGUAGGAAAAAAAUCGUAUGAUGGGGGUUCUAGUGUCUGGAUUGAUGGGUUAGUCAAGAGUUUAGUGAGGGACACAGUGAUUGGCAUCCUCUUAUGGGCCUUAUAUGAAUUCAUUAAUGGUGGAACAUAAGGGAAACUCAUUUAUAUUUUCAGUUUUGGUCAGAAAUCUAAAGAUAUUAUAGAGAUGUUAGCUGUACAGUUAACAUACUCACAAAAAGCAAGUAGGCCAUGAUUUUUAAUUAAGAAGAAAAAGGAUCAUUUUUAAGAUUUAUUUUUGUAAGUUAUGGGAAGCUUAUAGCUUAUGCGUAAGCUAUACAUAUACAAAUGUAAAAGUUUUAUUUAUUUGAACCUCUGGCCAGUUAAACAUAUUUUGGUAUUUCUUUAACUGUUCGAGGAGAUGUAAAUGAUGUGUACAUUUCCGAAUGUGCUUAGUACAGCGCCGGAACCAAGAUUUCAUUUA